AAAAAGAGCAUAAUUACAAUAAAAAAAACUCACUUUCUGAUAUCUAGUUGGUAUUGUUGAUCUAAGGCCAACACUUCUUCGCUCUGCUUCGAUCCAGUUUGCUACGCUCCGCUUUGGUGGAAACCGGGUCUUAUCAUCUUAUGGGGAAAACUGUAAAAAAAAACUGGCAAAAAGGUUUAGUCCAAGUCUGUACGAAAAUUUAAAAAAAGUAAAGUCACAACAAAAAAAAGUAAACAAAUUGCUAAUUUGUGUGAAAUAAAUAAUAAUGAUUUAUUUGUGAUAUUUCUCCAAAAGCCGUACAGAAUGGCUGGUCUCUUAUGUAGAAUAUGCCUGGCACGUGAUACUCGUAUGUGUACAAUGUACAACACGCCACUGGAAGUGCUUUAUCAAAAAAUCACAAAAAUACCUCUUAAAACAAAAGACGGAAGACCGCACGUGGUGUGUUAUGUCUGCUACCAUUUAUUGAGCAAGUGUCACAAAUUCAUUGAAAGUGCCGUUAAAACUGACAAAGUUCUUCAACGACUAUGUAGCAGUGGUAUACAGUUAACCGAGCAGCAUAUUGCAGCGAUAGACAAGGCUUUCUUACUCACACCAUUAACUAAGUCACGCGUUAUAAAUGUAAACGCAAUAAGCGAUUCAGACGGAGUCAGUAUAGAAGUGGCCGAAGUCAAGAGAGAAAUUGAAGAAGAUAAGCCUAUAUAUUAUGAGGUGGAAGUUGUUAAAGAAAAAGCUGAUUCUUUAGGUUUUGACGGUAUAAAUAAUACAGAACAUAGUUCAAAACAGUACGCUUGUACUAUCUGUGGUCAUUGCUUGCUGACCAAAGCUGAAGCUAGGAAGCACUACAAAUGGCAUGGCACCUCCGAAGAACCCUAUCUGGACUGUCUGAAUUAUUUAUUUGGCGCUCCACCAACUGUGGAAGUCACUAUGCAACCUAUCACGGCGCUAACUGACAGCCAAGAAGUAAUAAAGGCGCCAACUGACCACAAAGAAGCACUACCGGCGCCAACUGGCAGCACACAAUCACUAACGGCACUAACUGGCAAUUUACAAGUAGUGAUGGCACCAACUGACAGCAAAAAAUCACUAACGGUGCCAACUGACUACAAAGAAUCACACGCGGCGCCAACUGAUAGCAAAGAAUCACUAACGACGCCAACUGACAGCAUUCAAGCUGUGACGGCACCAUCUUACAGCAUACAAGCGUUGACGGUGCCAACUGACUACAAAGAAUCACACGCGGCGCCAACUGACAGCAAAGAAUCACUAACGGCGCCAACUGACGGCAUUCAAGUGGUGACGGCGCCAACUCAUAGCAGAAAAGUGCUGAAGGCGUCAAGUGACAGCAAAGAAACAGUAACGGCGCCAACUGACAGCAUACAAGUGGUGACGGCGCAAACUAUCAUAGCGUCCGACACUAGUUCAACGAAGAUUGAAAAUGAUGAAGAAAAGCCUAAGAAAGUCGAAUUAGACGAAAAAUCAAAUUUACCCGAAGAAGUAAAAGAAGAAUUGUCAAAACUUUACAAAUACGAAAAAGAAUUAACGAAGAAAGAAAUUAAAAAAGACGUCAGUGAAAAAAUUGUAAAACCAAAGAAUAUAAUAAAGAAAAAAGAAGAAUCUAGGAAACCAAAGAAUAUAAUAAAGAAAAAAGAAGAAAUUGGGAAACCAAUUAAUAGAAUAAAGAAAAAAGAAAAAGCAACUAACAGUGAAGUGACUAUAAAAAAGAGAAAAUUCACUAAAACCAUGAAACCAAAUAGUAAAAACGAAACAAAAUUGGCCGUUAGUAAUAAUUUAACCGAAAACGAAGUAUAUCGUGAAGUCCCAUUAUAUCAAUCGGAUGACCCGUUAGACACAAAUUAUAAAGAUAAUACACCAAAUACAGAUAAAUUAGAGGGUUCAGACACGAAUAUGGACACGGAAGAUAUCGAACAAAAUGAUGAAAAUGAAACGAAAAAAAUUACAGCAACAGAAAAAACAUUUCCAUGUGAUACUUGUAAAAAAGUAUUCCCAAGUAAUGCGAGGUUGAAACGCCAUAGGCGUGUGCACACGGGCGAGAAACCAUUCUCAUGCGAACAUUGCUCGAAAACAUUCGCAGAAAAAGCUCAUUUAACUACUCAUAUACGGACACAUACAGGUGAAAAACCGUUCUCAUGUAACUAUUGCGAUUACAAGACUGCUGUACAAUCUAAUUUAACUACUCAUAUACGGACACAUACAGGUGAAAAACUAUUCUCAUGUGCCUAUUGUCAUUACAAGGCUGCUGUAAAAUCUGAUUUAAUUAAACAUAUACGGAUACAUACAGGUGAAAAACCGUUCUCAUGUAACUAUUGUCAUUACAAGACUGCUAAAAAAGAUAAUUUAAAUACUCAUAUACGGACACAUACAGGUGAAAAACCGUUCUCAUGUAACUAUUGCCAUUAUAAGACCACUCAAAAAACAACUUUAAUUAAACACGAAAGGACACAUACAGGUGAAAAACCGUUCUCAUGUAACUAUUGUCAUUACAAGACUGCAUAUAAAGAUGUUUUAGUUCAACAUAUACGGACACAUACAGGUGAAAAACCGUUCUCAUGUACGUAUUGUUAUUACAAGACCGCCUUAAAAUGUAAUUUAACUGCUCAUAUACGGACACAUAAAGGUGAAAAACCGUUCUCAUGUGACUAUUGUAAUUACAAGACUACUACAAAAGCUCAUUUAACUAUUCACAUACGGACACACACAGGUGAUAAAACCGUUCUCAUGUAACUAUUGCCAUUAUAAGACCACCCUAAAAUCAACUUUAAUUAAACACGAAAGGACACAUACAGGUGAAAAACCGAUUUGAGGUAAACAGUCACUAUAGAAAAAAAAUCGUAAGUAAUUAUUUCAGUCGGUUGUAGGUAUAGUUAGUAGUAUAAAAGCAGUAAAAGAUGUAGCUAAAAGUCUUUGGUGUAAGUAGGUAGGUAUACUAUACAGGGUGGAAACGAUAAGUGAUCUCACUCGAUUAUUUCUAAACUAUACAAGAUAUCGAUAAAUUGAUUACUGAUCCUGAAAGUGCUUACCGCGUACGUGCUUACCCAGUUUUUGGAUAUCUUAUAUAGUUUUUAAUAUUAUGUGGUUUUUAUGUAUGGAAGCUGGAAACAUUGAAUUUUCGGAUAGAUCCAUUUAUUUUGUAACCUAUUAUUGGUACCGUUGGAUAGAGCUCGGGAAGCACUUUCAGGAUCAGUAACCAGUUUUGGGAUAUCUUGUGUAGUUUAGAAAUAAUCGAGUGAGAUCACUUAUCGUUUCCACCCUGUAAAGGGAGGCACACAGAAAAGGCCAAAGUUACCAACAACGAGAACCGAACAUAGGACCACUUAAGGCAAUGUUAUAUAGAAGGUAAGUAGGUACGUCAUAUUUUUCUUAGGUUCCGUUAUUACUAUUUUACACAAUACUUUGAGAAUAGUAACUGAGUAUUAUUUAUUUAUUUUUAACAGAGUUAUAAAGUUGCCUAUUUAAACUGUAUUUUCUCAAUUAUUAAUUUAAUAUUGACAUAAGUAUGUUAUUCUAAUGAUGGUAGUUCAUUCAUGAACAUGAUUUUGAAAUUACUUACAAUUUGAGACAAUAUUAUAGUUAUUAAUAGGUAUUUUACUAAACAAAAAAUACACUGAAAAAAUGUUUUGUUUGUAUUAAACACGAACUAUUUAUCCCAACUAUCCCAUCCCAACUAAUAUUAUAAAUGCGAAAGUAACUCUGUCUGUCUGUCUGUCUGUCUGUCUGUCUGUCUGUUACGCUUUCCCGCUUAAACCUCGCAACCGAUUUUGAUGAAAUUUGGCAUAGAGAUAGUUUGAGUCCCGGGAAAGAACAUAGGAUAGUUUUUAUCCCGGUUUUUGAAACAGGGACGCGCGCGAUAAAGUUUUUCUGUGACAGACAAAAUUCCACGCGGGCGAAGCCGCGGGCGGAAAGCUAGUUACUAAUGAAGUCUUGAUUACCAACACAACAAUACCUAUUUUUUUAUGAUUGACCUAAAAUGUAUAUUUUCAAUUUUUUUUGUAAUUCAUUCUACCACUAUUUUUUUUUGUCUAUUAAUAUUUAAGGAGAAAAAUAAUUUCGAUUUUUAAUUGUUAUUGUGUUUAAAUUUUGUCCCUGUCUGCAUGAUAAAAAUAACAUUUAAGUAACUUAUCGCCUGAAUAAACUUUACUGAACUAAAAAACUUGUAUCAUUUAUAACUAGAAAUAUAUCGAGCAGAUAUCUCUCCGCUUUGAUGGAAACCAGGCCUUAGAAGCGUGAAGAAGCGCUGCAGCGAGCCACAACAGCCACACCACAGCAUAGAGCAAAGUAAUUUAAACUUAGGCACCACAGUGGCACACUUGCUUGCUUGCCGCAUGUUCGACUAGUUUUCAUAAGUUGCACUUUUUGAUCGAAUCCGUCAAAACUACAAAAAAAGGCCAUUCGACCAUUUUUCGACUGGUUUGCGAUUAAAAAGUGCACUUUGUUUCCACCAAAGCGGAGCAGAACGGAGCGGAG